AUGACAAAUUCGAGCAAAAAAAGAAACACGGCAAAAAUGAAUAAUAAAGCAUUUUUCUUUCUUCUCUUCUCCCUCGUCGUCCUCCCUCUUUGCUCGUUUACGGUGGUGCGUGUUGGGGGCUGGAGUCCCAUCAGCGAUGCUAAGGACCCUCAUGUCGUAGAGAUCGGCGUAUUCGCCGUCUCCGAGUACGAUAAACAGAGCAAGUCAGGACUCAAGUUCGUGACAGUUGUUAGCGGCGAGUCUCAGGUAGCCGCAGGUACUAAUUACCGGCUUAUUGUGACGGUGGAUGGCAGCAUAGGAGUUGCUGGCGCUGGUGUGAGCAAGAAGUACGAGGCGAUUUUUCAUGUUGUUACGGUUAAGAAAGAGUGUGGUGCAGAUUGCAGACGAAGAUAUGAUAGUAUAUUGACACAUCCGCUAAAUAUGCCGGCUAAUCUGCUAUAUAGAUUAUGGGGUCACGAGACUGUUGAGAGAUGGUAUCACUAAAUUGAAUUAUUGGAUAUCAUUUUUAUAAAAAAAAAUAGAAGGUGACACAAGCGAACAUGUGAGGGGAAGUGUUGAAGGCGUAAAGCGAACAUGUCAUUUGUCUUUUGGUCCACUUUGUAGGUCAAUUAAUGUGAGCAGUAUUUUUUUUCUUGCUAAGAUAAUGUGACCAGUAUUUAAAUUAAUCAACUACCAGCUUGUCCAAAAAAAAAAAUCACGAUAUCAAAUAUUUAACUAUUGAGAGUUGAUUAUAUAUAUUUUCUCUCAUAACUCCAUAUGUUAAAUUAUAUUUGAUUGCUAUAACAAAUAUCACGAGAAACUUGCACCCAAAAAAAAAAUCACGAGAAACUGUUAGAAUAUAUAUGUUAUAAAUUACAUGAAAAAAAUAAGAUUUCACAUGGUUGUUUAUACUAAAGGGAUGACGUAUUAUAAAUCGGCAUGGUUGUUUAUACUACAAGAGAUGAAAUAUAAGCUAAAGAAUACAAAUUGAUUUCUAAGCAUGUUAAAAAAAUCUAGGUCAGUUUUGAAGGUCAAACAAGUCGUUGGAUCCUCGAUCAUCUUCAGUAUAUCAGCACAAUUCGUCUUAAAUCUUAUUGAAUACAUCAUUCUUUCGCUCAGGCUGCUCACGGCCAACAUAAGUUCUUCCAGUUCUGUGUGAAGUGUCGAUAGAUUCGGUUGCAUCCUCGGGUCUUUGGCAUGUGAAAUCCAUGUUACUGUUUAUAAACCAUCCCAAUCUAUUAACUAGUCCAUGAUUAAUCUUAAAAGCAUCGACGUAAAAAUACGGACAGAAUAGGUCACACGGGAUAUUCUCAUGUCGCUGUGAUGGGGUGGGGUCGCUACCUCUUCUUCACAAUUUUUAUUGGUUUGCCUUCUUCCAACUACCUACUCUAUGGGCACAAGUUGGAGAGUGCCCAUUGGUGAUAUCUUUUUGUUUUUUUUUUUUGUCAAUGGUGAUAUCUUUUUGUUAUUGAAAAGUUUUCAUAUAUACCAAAAUGAUUUAUGCUUGUUCCAUUGGUACCCAUUAUAAUUUAUAUAAAAAACUAAAAUUCAUGUUUUGUCGUGGUAAAAUAGAAUUCUUUUUUUUUUCGUUUAUGCAGUAACGUACAUUAAAAGAUAGUUUAUUUAUUUGCUGACUAAAUUGUCAUUUAAUCAAAUCAAGAUUACAAAGUCGUAAACAAAACCAAAAAAAGAAAGAAAAUUGGGUGCAUUCUUUGCAUACAUUUUUAAAAUUUCAAAUCGCAUACCUCAUGCUCAUUGAUUCUAAUGCUGGUUUUGUGAAGGCAGUUUGAUACUAACUAGUCUAUAUCAAUGAAUUUGAUGAUAACAUAGCUUUUCCAUUGAUCUUGAUUUGAUCCGAACACCGCUUAUGUGAAAAUGAUUCUUCCUUAUGAAAUUGUAUUAUUCUCUCCAAAAACACAUUGUGGGUUCUUCUAAAUAUUCCAAUAAACAAAUUGCAGUCUUCUUCUACCAAUCUUGUAAAACUCAAUCGAUGAUGAUCACUCUGGAACAAUGGCUUUUUAGAAGUCAUUGUCGUUCGAGCAGAACAAUGUAACAAUGACAAAAACCCAGUGAUGCCUUUUUGUGUAAAUGAUCUGGUCUCCUUAGUGUAAAAGGCCAAAAUGUUUCUCCUAAGAAGUGGAAAGAAUUAUACAAAUACUCCAUCUUUCCAAAAGGCGCUGAAAUUUCUUCUUCCUAAUAUAAUGGUUAAUAAUAUUAAAAAAAAAUUGUGAUAAAAAAUCCAGAUGAUAUUUCCGUACGAUAGAUAGGAGAACAAACACCGGUUUGAAACAUGAAUUCAACAUAAUAACAAAAAUUGUCUGUUUGCAAAAAAAAAUAACAAAAAUUGUCGGACAUACCACUCUAUUAAAAGAUACAUAGUUAUAUCGAAGAUAUAUAAUGAAUAAGAAGAAACAAAAUCGUAAUAUAUCACCUAUAGAUGAAACACCAUCAAUGACAUGACAAUUGUUAUUGCCUUGAUUCUGAAUUGCAGUCAUUGAAACUUAUUAAACAGGAUCCAUGUGUGUUUUUAUAUAAACCACCACCAUCACAAUGAAGAUAUACAUAAAUCAGAGUCGAAACCCAAAUGGAACCAACAAAUUCUUCGGCAAACUAAACAGUGAAGUUAUUUUAACUCGAAUACUUAGUCACAUCAAAAUAGAGAAGAAUCGUCGCAAACACUUCAGGAAUUUAAAUGUGUAUGAAGUGUAUUUGAAAAAGUUGUAGUCAAAGUGAAAAUAGAAAGAGUACGACCGACACUGGAGUUGACGCUGUCAGGAAAAAAAAAUACAUAGGAGAAGUUGAAACCAAUCGCUUGAAGAAUUUCUUGCAUAGAAGAGUCCCGAAGCAAACCCAUGUGUAUUUUCUUUCCUAAACAGAGGAGACCUAGGAGCACCAGUAGACCCUGACAGGGUUCUUCCCGUUAGAAUUCUUAAUAUAUAUAUUAUAUAUAUAUAUAUGUAUUAUGUAUAUAUUAUAUAUGUGUAAAUAAUUGUGGGAUCCACAAUUAUUGUGGAACCCUAUAAAUAAAAGUUUUUAAGGAUUAUUAAAACUUUUUUUUAAGAACCCUUAGACCAUGAUUAACGGUGAAUCUUAAGGGGGUUCUUAGUGCAAAUUUGUAAUUAAAGAAAAAGAAAAAAAAGAAUUAAUCUUAGAAUCGAGUCUUAAUUAAGAAGGAGAAAAGCCGAGUCUUGGAGACACGUAUUAGAAGAGGAAAGCGUUGGGUGUUUCUCGCGAAGGAUGAAUUCGACGAUUCAUCUCUCAAUCUCUUCCUCGGUUGUUCCGUCGACGAUUCAUCACCAAACCUCGGCUGAUCUCCUCCGCGAUUCAGCACUCCGCAUCUGUCUCUCCUCCUCGCCGUCUCUACACGCCGCCUCUCUCUCUCCUCGAUGAACCAACAUUCUGCCUCUCUCUUUCCAUGAUCCAUCACCGCCUCUUUCUCUCUCCUCCUCGCCAUAUCUACACUCCACCUCUCUCUCUCUCCUCGACGAUCCAACACUCCGCCUCUCUCUCUCUCCACGAUCCAAACUCCACCUCUCUGUCUCGGUGGUUCUCUCGGUGGCUCUCCUCGAGGGGGAAUAACGGAGACCUCUAUCUCGGUGGCUCUUUACCAUCUGUCUCUCUCUCUCGGCGGCUCUGAUCGAGGAAGAGUCACUCCGCCUCAAAAGCUAAGUAUUUUUUUUAAUCCUUCAAUUCCUGCAUGCGUUAGAUUGAUUGAGUUGUUACAUGUUGUGUUCUGUUGAUUUGUGUCUCAAAUAAGUGAUCAAUUCUUUUUGUCGGGGUCGAAAGUUUUGGUCUUUUUUGAUAUGUUUGUAGCGUUGGUUUAUGUUUAUUGAUUUUGUCCGGUGAUUAAUCGAUUGAUUCUUUUUUAUAUGUUUCUGUGUUUUGUGUUAAGAUGAAUGGUCUCAAGCGAGUGGAUCAACAGACAAGAGCAAGGUUCUUCAAGCUAGAUGACUACAAUUCGCAAUAUAGGUACCACUUCUCUCUUUGAUUUUGAUUCUGGUCUGAAACGGGUGUGAGCGUUGCUUGUGUUAGAUAAGACUGAGAGAGUUAAUAAAUGGAUGUGAGUGUUAGGUAGAAAUGGAUGUUAGAUAACAGUUGUGUUUGGUAAUAAAUAUGGUUAUAGCAAUUGAUGUUAACUGUGAUUAAUGUUGUGUUAGAUAUAUGUCUACUCUGUUUGGUUGGGUGUGUUCAAUGCUAUGAUCAAUUGUGUUGAUUCUUCUUUUCUUUAUCUCUUCUUUAAAGCCGGCCUCUUCUUCUCUCCUUUCUACGAAACACAUUACUCUUAUCUAUCUAUCUUCUUAAUCCAUGUUCCUAUAUGGAUUCUCAUCCAUACAGCAAAAGCGCAAACUUUGUUGAACUGUUAAACAGUCAACAAGAAAAUGUGUUUGCUUUUUCACAAGAUAGUGUUGACCUUUCUGCAUCACAACUCCCCGGGUUUUGCUUUAAAGCGACUGAAGCUUCAAACUUAGUUCAAGAGACGGCUGCUCAGCGUAAAGAAAGGAGGAAGUGGACGCCGGUUGAUGAUGUUGUGUUGAUAAGCGCAUGGUUAAACACAAGCAAGGACCCUGUCAUAGGGAAUGAGCAAAGGUGUGGUACCUUCUGGAAAAGGAUUGCAACCUACUUUGCUGCAAGUCCUAAGGUUGCUGGCACUGAACAAGGAGAGUGGAGCCACUGUAAGCAACGCCGGCAGAAGAUAAACUACCUUGUCAACAAGUUCUGUGGGGCGUUUGAGGCUGCAAGCAGAGAGAAGAGUUUCAGUCAGAAUGAGAAUGAUGUCCUAAAAUUAGCUCACGAGAUCUUCUACAACAACCACAAGAAAAAAAUCAACUUGGAACAUGCUUGGAUAGAGCUAUACAAUGAUCAGAAGUGGUGUGAGCUUUCAUCUUCUAAAACUCAAGGAAGCGCUAAGAGGAGGAAGUGUGAUGACGGUGCCCAAUCAUCAAGCUCUCACAUGAAUGAAACCACCACUGCUGAAGAUGAUCAAGAAAGAAAUCGACCACCGGGUGUUAAAGCAGCGAAGGGCCACGAUAAGAAGAAGAUGGCAGAGAGGAAGGCAUUGUCUGAGUUUCAGGAUAUGUGGAGCAUAAAAAAGGAGGAUAUGGCUAUGAAAGAAAGACUGUCCAAGAUGAAGCCGCUGGACAGUUUACUUGCAAAACAGGUUCCACUAGCUGAGUAUGAAGAGGCUCUGAAGAAGAAGCUCAUAAAUGAGUUGUUGCUUAAUUAGUUUAAGCUCUGGAGAAGAAGAAUCUCUGAGUUGUUAUUUAAUUAGCUAAAUCUCUGAUUUGUUGUCUAAGUUGUUGUUUCUGUUGUAGUAGAAUUAGUUAAAGCUUUGACGUGUUGUCUAAGUUUAAGUUUAUGAUGUUGUUAAGGUUGUUAUCUACUAUGUUUCUUGUUCUCAACAAGUCUGUGUUCCUUUU